UUUGCAGCCGGGAGAUUUUAAGUCGUAGAUUACACAUGAAGACAUAACAUGUAAAACAGUGCUUCCAGUUAACAAAGAAGAGAAGAUUUGACGGUUGUUCAGCCAACAUUUGGGUUGCACUUUACCAGCUGAUGGGGGGGAUGUCCAACUAAGAUGCAGAUAUGCUGUGUGGACCAAAGAUGUUGGAGGAACUCCGAGCUCAGCUAAAGCCUGUCUUACGAGGAAAGGAAGGCAAAGAAGAAUAGAUCAUUUUCUUGGACAACAUGGACACCUGCUGCCUGGAAGACCACAAAAAGAUGGAUUCCAACAAAGUAUGGCAGUGGCGCAUUAUGUGUGGAAAGAAACUUUCAGUUUGUCUAGAACCAUUCCAUCACAGCAAUAGAAUAGGGUUGGAUUUUAAUGUGGCAUCCAACACACAGAAAAAAAUUGACUUGCAAUUAGUGACAAAUGGGGUGAUACUUGAAGUCUGUGACUUUGCUAAAACAGUCAACAAGAGUAAAGGGCAUUUUAUCACCAGCAUUCUUGAGAACAAUUUUGAUCUUGGGUUGGAAAAUGAGCAACAGCUGACUGACUUUACUGCUCAAAUUCUGCACAAAGUCAAAGACCUGAUUAAGAAACCUCCUGAAGAUAAAAAAGAAGUGUUUACUCUCUUUGACUUGUCAUCAAAGCCAGAAUGCAAAACCAACAAUGGGCUGAACAUGGCAUCUGCAGAGCGGAAGACUGAAAGUGUUGGAAUGGAGAUGGAUGAUACUGCACAUGGAGAUCAAUACGCAUGUUCACAAGCAACAUCCAAAGAAUACAUGAAGAUGGAAAGUCUCUUGGAAGACAUGGAAGGAGCACACGGUGACGACAGUGAAGAUAAGGAUGGAUUUAAGGGAUCAGGAGCAAUGUCAGCAGAAGAACUGAUUGAGGAUGCUUUUCUCCCUAAAUUUCCUUAUUGUGAGGAAAUGUGUCUGAACCUUGAUGUUGGGUCAAAACAAAGUCUAGAUCCAGGUCUGUUGACAAAGGGUGUGAUGUUAGAACUGGUACACUUCACCAACAUACUGGCUGCAUCCUUCACACCUAUCGUCCUGGGGGUGCUGGAGCACAAUUUUGAACUUGAUCUCAAGAGUCAACAUGGAAACAAUCCAAUUUGGUUCAGGAUAUUAAACUUACUUAGAAGAAGAAAUGGUCUUAUCACCACUGGUUGUGAGAUAAGCAUGGAGUUUAAAAAUGAGCCGUUUUCCUUCCAAGUAACCAGAGGCUUAGCACCUUCCAAUAUGGAAGUCCAGCAGAAUCUGUUUCAGGAAGUGACAAAGGCAAGACGAUCUGGUUCAAACAAAGAGCACAGAAGAGGAAAGUCUAAAGACAUGGAGACAAACACACACUCUCAUCACACUGAAUUGUGUCCCACUCGAACGUCAGAGGGAGAUCAUUGUCAAACUGGUUCUCUAUCAGAGUUUGAUCUAGACUCCUUCACUGGCAAUGAAUGUGACAAAGAACAGGAGGAUGUGGAAAUGGAGAACUACCACACUUGUCCUCAAGGAGAGUCUGAUCUCGACUCGGACAAAGUCACAAACUCUGGUAAUCAAGAUCACUUCCAAAAUCCCCAAAUAUGUUCUCUGAGCUCAGACAUCUCUAGAGAAUCAGAAGCAAGUUGUCGGAACGUUUGUGCGGCUUCAAUCACCACCACCAACAUCUCAUCUAGUUUACCAAUUGUAAACGCAAAUACCAAGUCAUUGAUGUGUCAACCUGAUGAAAGAGGGCUUGGUGGAGGUGAAGAGCAAACACAGAAUCACAAAAAAAAGAAGAAGAAAUGUGACAUGGAACAAGAGGAAUUGGGAACAGAUAACAUGUGGAAGUUGCGUGCUAACCGUGUAAAACAAAUCCUCUCUGCUAAAGAGUUGAGUUCAUUCAAGAGGUCCAAGAGGUUUGGCCUUAAAUUCAACAUUGGACAUGGCCCAAAGAAACACUUUAGUGUUGACGCUCUGCCUGAUUCUUUACUGUUGGAGAUUGCUAGAUUUGCCAUAGCAAUGAAUUCAUCCCUACAUAAUUUCAUCAUGGAGAUUCUUGAGUCCAAUUUUAAGAUCAGACUGGAGAGUGAAUACCAGAGAGAUAUUUUCACAUGUGAAAUUAAGAAGAUAGUAAGUCAACUGAAAGAUUGUGAAGACGCAGUAAAGUUCUCAAAAGAGGUCUUUCAACUCCGAGGUCCCAUACCAUCAAUAAGUAUGACAAAUAUGAGUGUGGGCGAUGUCCACGCUAAACUCGGAAGCAUAUCAAGGAUGGAGAAGGGUGAUGUUGCCUGUGGGUUUCCUCCUCAUUCACAGGCUGAAACUGAAGAACAUAUUUCACAGAAGUGUGUGGAUCUUCAUCCUUUCUGCAAAGAAAUUAAUCUGAAGCUACAUGGAAUCCAUACUUACAUAAAGAAACAAGACAUCAACAAACUGACCUAUGGAGCAAUGACUGAAGUGAUAAACUUUGCAGAAAAGUUGUGUGGAACAUUUGAGCAGAUUUGUGUUGACAUCCUAAAACACAAUCUGGAUCUUGUGUCACAAUGUGGAGAUUCUGACUUUGCCACAAGUAUUGUUGCACGAAUUCCUGUUGCACUGGAGAAAAGGAAUGUUCCCAAUGCUACACAUGUUAAAGGCGACAAGAGAAGAAUCUCAACAAAUGUUAAACUGGAUUCCCAGAACAUCCUAAAUCCUGAUGCAGCUAGCGCUGGUUCUUCCCAGGCUGCAAUUGUGAUUGAGGAAGUUAAUACGCCUGAAUUGGAACUCCUAAAUGACAUCAAUUUAAAGCUCUGGCAAUUGAAGGAAAAUCACAUUCAGCAAAUCCUCUCAAGACCUCAUGAAGAACAUUGUCCACUUUAUUCUUACUCAAGAUGUAAGAAAGUAGGCAUUGAUUUCAAUGUAGGAUCUGGAGUAAAACAGAAUCUUGAUCCCAAAUUACUAACCAAUGGCAUCAUGGUUGAACUUCACACUUUUGCCACAGAAUUGCUGUCGGCCCAAAAGUAUUUCAUAACAGAGAUACUGGAGUAUAAUUUCCAUCUUUAUUUCAACAAUGAGCUGUACCGCAGUGCUUUUGCAAAUAACACAUUUAAGCAAGUAAAUGUGAAUUUGAAGAAAAAAAAAUCUCAAAUGAAAAUACAAUUCGAACUCCCUGACACAAGGUGGAAACCAGAACCUACCUUUGAGAGAAAUUUAUAUUGCCCCAAAUGCUAUCAAGUCAGAAUUCAUAAGCAUCGGCAGCAUAAAUGUAACUCUCGUCACGUCCAACAUCCUCAUCCAACCACCAAGACUGUCGCAGACUCUGCUGAUGCAAACUGCUCGACGCAAAAGCCAGCAAAGGAUCCGUCGUCUACCUCCUCACCAAUAGAGGAGUUGAUAAUGGACAACUACCCUCGCUGCAAGGAAAUAGGUCUGAGCCUGUGUGUGGACAAAGACAAGCCAAAAGACAAGCUUGACCCGCAUGUAUUGACACGCUGGGUCAUGGUUGAACUUACGAAUUUUGCCAAAAGAAUGUGUCCAACAGAAUCGAAGAUCAUUAGUGAUGUCAUUCAACACAACUUCAACACUGGUAUGCAGGGGCAAGUAGUAACUACUAAAUUGCGUUUCUACAGAGAGCUAAAAGAAGAAGAUGCCCUGCUCUCCUGGCUCAAUGAAGUAUUUGUCAUUCCACCAUUGCCUAUCAGUCAACCUAGAAUUGAAGAUGAAAAGAAAUCGACAACAGUUGUGCAUGGAAGUGUAUGGAUGAAAAGUAUCAAAAGAAAGCUGACAAAGCAAACAAAAGGUAUAACCGACACACUUCCAAGUGUCGUUAAGAAAUCUGAGCCAUUUACCAAAUCUGUCUGGGACAUUGAACUGGAGGAAAUGGCACCAAAUAACUACAACACUGGUCCUCUAGUGGAGUCUGGUUUAGAUUCAGACGAACUCACGGACUCAGAAAAGCCUGUCCAUAAAGGUAAAUUAAGAAUUCCAAAAGGUUCUCUGAGCUCAGACACCUCGAAUGUACCAACUGUAAAGUCAUAUCUAGACUCAUGGUUUUCAAGCCAAUUUGAUCAAAGAGGGCUUGGUGGUGUAGGUGAAGAACAAACACAGAUUCCAAACAAAUGUGACAUGGAACAAGAGGAAUUGGGAACAGAGAACAUGUGGAAGUUGCGUGCUGACCGUGUAAAACAAAUCCUCUCUGCUAAAGAGUUGAGUCCAUUUCGGUUUUCCAAGAGGGCUGACCUUAAAUUCAACAUUGGAUUUGUCCCAAAGCAAAACAUCAGUGUUGACUCUCUGCCUGAUUCUUUACUGUUGGAGAUUGCUAGAUUUGCCAUAGCAAUGAAUUCAUCCCUACAUAAUUUCAUCAUGGAGAUUCUUGAGUACAACUUUGACUUCAGCCUGGAGAAUGAAUACCAGAGAAAUGUUUUCACGUGUGAAAUUAUGAAUAGAGUAAGAAAACUGAAAGAUUGUGAAGAUGCAGUCAAAUUCUCAAAAGAGGUCUUUGAACUCCAUGGUCCCAUACCAUCAAUAAGUACGACAAAUCAGAGUGUGGGCAAUGUCAACGCUGAACUCACCAGCAUAUCGAGGAUGGAGGAGUGUGAUGUUGCCUGUGGGUUUCCUCCUCAUUCACAGGCUGAAACUGAAGAACAUAUUUUACAGAAGUGUGUGGAUCUUCAUCCCUUCUGCAAGGAAAUUAGUCUGAAACUACAUGUAAAUCAUACUCUUCCAAAUAAAAAACUGGACAUCAACAAACUGACCUAUGGAGCUAUGACUGAAGUGACAAACUUUGCAGAAAAGUUGUGUGGAACAUAUGAGCAGAUUUGUAUUGACAUCCUAAAACACAAUCUGGAUCUUGAUUUGCAAUGUGGAGAUUCUGACCUCGCCAGAAGUAUUUUGGCACGAAUUCCUGCAAUACUAGAACAAAGGAAACUAUCAAGCUAUGUAAACAGCCACAAUAAUCCCAAUAGCUCACAACUCAUGAAACUGAAUUUCUACAACAACCCACAUUCUGAUGCAGCUGGUGCUGGUCCUUCCCAGAAUGCAAUCAUAGACCAAGAAGGAAACAGUUCUCCUGACAUAGCACACCAAAAUGAGUUUGAAUUGAAGCUGUGGCAAUUGCGGGCCAAUCAUAUUCAGCAAAUCCUUUCAAGACCUCAUGAAGAACAUUGUCCACUUUAUACUUACUCAAGAUGUAAGAAAGUAGGCAUUCAUUUCAAUGUAGGAUCUGGAGUAAAACAGAAUCUUGAUCCCAAAUUACUGACUAAUGGCAUCCUGGUUGAACUUGGUAAUUUUGCCAAAGCUCUAGUAUCAGCCCAAAAGUAUUUCAUUACAGAGAUACUAGAGUAUAAUUUCCAUCUUGAUUUCAAUGAUGAGCUCUAUCGCAGUGCCUUUGCAAAGAAAACCUUUGAAAAAGUAAGUCGGAAUCCAAAGAAAAAAAAAUCUCAAACCAAAAUACAGUUUGAACUCCCUGACACGAGGUGCAAACCAGAACCUACCUUUGAGAUAACGUUAUACUGCCCCAAAUGCUAUCAAGUCAGAAUUCAUAAGCAUUGUCAGAAUGAAUCUAACGCUCCUCACGUCCAACAUCCUCGUCCACAAACAAUGACUAUUGCAGACUCUGCUGAUACAAACUGCUCGGCACAAAAGCCAGCAAAGGAUCCGUUGUCUACCUCCUCAGCAAUAGAGGAGUUGAUAAUGGACAACUACCCUCACUGCAAGGAAAUAGGUCUGAGGCUGUGUGUGGACAAAGACAAGCCAAAAGAUAAGCUUGACCCGCAUGUAUUGACAGACUGGAUCAUGGUUGAACUUACUCAUUUUGCCAAAACAAUGUGUGGAACAAAAUACAAGAUCAUUAGUGAUGUCAUUCAUCACAACUUCAACACUGGCAUGCAGGGGCAAGUAGUAACUACUACAUUUCAGUUCUACAAAGAGAUAAAAGAAAAAGAUGCCCUGCUCUCCUGGCUCGAUGAAGUAUUUGUCGUUCAACCAUUACCCAUCGACAAACCUAGAAUUGAAGGUAAAAAUAAAUCGACAGCAGUUGUGCAUCGAAGUAAAGGGAUGGAAAGUAUCAAAAGAUGGCUGGAAAAGCAAACAAAAGUAAAAGCAAACACACUUCCUAGUGUCGUAAAGAAAUCUGAGAAAAAACAUGCGAGUCAAGGACGCCGUUAUCCCAUUCGCACAGAGAUGGGUUUGGAUCCAAAAAUGACAUCUAAAUCAGGAGUGAAAAAAAGAUUGGAAUUGAAGCAAAUCACCAAAUCUGAAUGUGACAUGAAACAGAAGAAAAUGGCACCAGAUAACUACUACACUUGUCCGCUUGGAGAGUCUGAUUUAGACUCAGACGAACUCACAGACUCAGAAAUGUCUGCCAAUGAAGAUGAAUUAAGAAUCCCAAAACGUUCUCCGAGCUCAGACACCUCGAGUGUACCAACUGUAAACUCAAAUCCAAACCCAUGGUUUUCAGGCCAACCAGAUGAAAAAGGGCUUGGUGGAGGUGAAGAACUAAAACAGACUUUACAAAAUGCACCAACUGAAGAUGACAUGGAACUUGAGGAGUUGGGAACAGAGAACAUGUGGAAGUUGCGUGCUAACCGUGUAAAACAAAUCCUCUCUGCUAAAGAGUUGAGUCUGUUUACUUUAUCCAAGAAGUUUGGCCUUGAAUUCGACGUUGGAUUUGGCCCAAAGCAAACCUUCAGUGUUUAUUCUCUGUUUAAUAUUCUACUGUUAGAGAUUGCUAAAUUUGCUAUAGCAAUGAAUUCAUCCCUACAGAAUUUCAUCAUGGAGAUUCUUGAGUACAACUUUGACAUCAGCCAGGAGAAUGAAUACCAGAGAAACAUGUUCACAUGUGAAAUUAUGAAUGGAGUAAGAAAACUGAAAGAUUGUGAAGAUGCAGUCAAAUUCUCAAAAGAGGUCUUUGAACUCCAUGGUCCCAUCCCAUCAAUAAGUGUGACAAAUCAGAGUGUGGGCGAUGCCAACGCUGAACUCACCAGCAUAUCGAGGAUGGAGGAGUGUGAUGUUGCCUGUGGGUUUCCUCCUCAUUCACAGGCUGAAACUGAAGAACAUAUUUCACAGAAGUGUGUGGAUCUUCAUCCCUUCUGCAAAGAAAUUAGUCUGAAGCUACAUGUAAACCACAGUCAACCAAACAAGAAACUGGACAUCAACAAACUGACCUAUGGAGCAAUGACUGAAGUGACAAGCUUUGCGGAAAAGUUGUGUGGAACAUUUGAGCAGAUUUGUGUUGACAUCCUAAAACACAAUCUGGAUCUUGAUUUGCAAUGUGGAGAUUCUGACCUCGCCACAAGUAUUGUUGCACGAAUUCCUGCUAUACUAGAACAAAGGAAACUUACAAGCUAUGUAAACAGCCAUGAUAAUAUCAAUAGCUCAAAAAAUGAUUCACCACUCAUGAAACUGGAUUUCAAGAACAACCCACAUUCUGAUGCAGCUGGUGCUGGUACUUCCCAGACUACAAUCAUAGACCAAGAAGUAAACAGUUCUCCUGACAUAGAACACCAACAUGAGUUUGAAUUGAAGCUGUGGCAAUUGCGGGCAAAUCAUAUUCAGAAAAUCCUUUCAAGACCUCAUGAAGAACAUUGUCUACUUUAUUCUUACUCAAGAUGCAAGAAACUAGGCAUUGAUUUCAAUGUAGGAUCUGGAGUAAAACAGAAUCUUGAUCCCAAAUUACUAACAAAUGGCAUCCUGAUUGAACUUGGUACUUUUGCCACAGCUCUAUUAUCAGCCCAAAAGUAUUUCAUCACAGAGAUACUGGAGUAUAAUUUUGAUCUUGAUUUCAACAAUGAGCUGUAUCGCAGUGCCUUUGCACAGAAAACGUUUGAGAAAAUGAGAACAAAGACAUAUUCAAGACAAUCUGGAGUUCUUUUCGAACUCCCUGACACGAGGUGCAAACCAGGACCUACCGUUGAGAGAAGUUUAUAUUGCCCCAAAUGCGAUCAAGUCAGAAAUGAUAAGCAUCGUCAGGAUGAUUUGGGCUCUCGUCACAUCCAACAUCCUCGUCCAACUACCGUGACUGUUGCAGACUCUGCUGAUGCAAACUGCUCGGCACAAAAGCCAGCAAAGGAUCCGUCGUCUACCUCCUCAGCAAUAGAGGAGUUGAAAAUGGACAACUACCCUCGCUGCAAGGAAGGAGGUCUGAGCCUGUGUGUGGACAAAGACAAGCCAAAAGACAAGCUUGACUCGCACAUAUUGACAGACUGGAUCAUGGUUGAACUUAGUAAUUUUGCCAAAAGAAUGUGUGGAACAAAAUCGAAGAUCAUUAGUGAUGUCAUUCAUCACAACUUCAACACUGGCAUGCAGGGGCAAGUAGUAACUACUACAUUUCAGUUCUACAGAGAGUUAAAAGAAAAAGACGCCCUGCUCUCCUGGCUCAAUGAAGUAUUUGUCAUUCAACCAUUACCCAUCGACAAACCUAGAAUUGAAGGUGAAAAGAAAUCAACAGCAGUUGUGCAUGGAAGUGAAGGGAUGGAAAGUAUUAAAAAAAGAAAACUGGAACUGCAAACACUUCCAAGAGUCUUAAAUAAAUCUGAGAAAAAACAUGCGAGUCAAGGACGCUGUUACCCCAUUUGCACAGAGAUGGGUUUGGACCUAGAAAUGACAUCUAAAUCAAGGAAGAAGAAAAAACUGGACUUGGAGCAAUUGACAAGAGCUGUUGUGUUUGAGAUAUCUAAAUUUGCAAAAACGAAAAAGGGAUGCUAUUUUCCACACACUCUGUAUGAGAUCCUCGACUUUAACUUUGAUAUUAGCUCACAACAUCACAGGAGCUGGGAAUUUUCAAUAACUACCGCAUCCACAGUCAAAAUUAUGGUCAAUGGAUAUGGGAAACCCUGGAAAACUCAUCCAGACAAGAUUUUCAAAUUGCCAUUUGUGUAUGAACGCCGAAGAAAACCGGCGCUGCAAACAAAAGUGAAAACAGACACACUUCAAAGUGCCGUAAAGAAAUCUGAAAAAAAUCAUCCGAGUCAAGGACGCUAUUGUCGCGAGAAAGCACAGAAAAGGAAAUGUACCAAGUAUCCCAUGGAAGUUCCAGGCAAGAAAAAGAGAAAGGGUAAUUUUGUGCAACAAGCAAGAUGCCAGUCGGAUGAAAACCGUUUGCAUUUUCUUGAUGGCGCCAAAAUUAACGAGAAAACUCUGUUCCGUUAUGAGGACGCCGAGUUGCCAACAGAUCCGGAGACGAGUCAAGUGGGUGCAGGUUGUGACGGUCUUCUUCAGGGAAACCUUCACAUAAAAGAGGAGGAAUAUGAUCCAUGUUAUCAGAAUAUGAAUCCAGAACCAGACACAGUGCAACAAUAUUAUCCACUUCAUGGUGAAGUCAAAAUGGAGUCAAACGCUGCAGAGGCCGAGCACCCAGGCGAACCUACAGAACCUCUGAGAUUUACUUUCCCCAAAUCAGAAAAUGAGAAUCUUCAGGAUUCUCUCGCUGAGCCACAAGGAUGUGCUGUAUCCCCAAACACUGUCAAUAGCACACAAACUGAAUGGGACACUGAGGAUGGGAAGUAUUCAGUCCCAGUUGAAGCAGCAGAGGACCUGGAAUAUACCAUGGUAACCAUAGGUUAGAGCAACAUCGAUCAAAGAAGAGCAAGAAAAUGUUCCAGUUGACUCGCACAGUUCAUGUGGUCACAAAAGUGAAGUGGGCAUCUAACGGGAACAAGUUCCUUAAUGUUCUGGACUACAAUUGACAAGUGAGACAUGUUUGUUUUCUACUAAACGGAUGCGGUUUGCUGCCUUCAAUGCUUUGAAAACCUCUUUCUCGUUGGGGUAAAUAUAUAUAAUGACUCAUAUUAAUUUGGCAGGAAUGCAUCCUCAAAAAGAUGGAAAUAUCUGACUGAAUGUUUCAGUGUAUGAAAUAUCAGUAUUUAUGGUUUGAAGCUUUGUUUUCAAAUGUUGUAUUGUGCCACUCUUGGACAUUAUUUAAACUUGUUUUGGGGCUUUCCUUUUCCCCUGUGGUAAGCCUGGGUCAUUUCUCAAGUUCAUUUGUAUAUUGAUCUUUUCAAACUGAACUUUACUCAAUUGAUUUCAGAUUAUAGUAUUUCAUUGUUAAAUUUGUUCAAUUAUGUUUAUUUGUUUGUUCUACCAUGUUCUAGUGGUAACGAUGCCUUUUCUGAUCUC